UUGCAGGGAGUAUUGAGGCUUGAAGCUGAUGGGGAACACUUGUGUCGGCCCAAACUUCUCGAAAAAUGGAAUCUUUCAAACAUUUUCUGCAAGCUUAUGGAGAAAUCAAGCUCAAGGCAAUGAGUUAGGGCCGGCUAAAACUGAGGAUGCUGCAAUGGAGAUCUCUUCUCCUGUAAGGCCAGAUGCUGAUGACCUAAAUCCUCUCCAAAACAGCCCGCCUGAGCCGGUUAAGAUCCAAGAAUCUGAGUUCAAGCCUACUAAACCUCAAGAAAUAGAGGUGAAGCCGGCAUAUGAUCAAUCUCCUCAAAAUCCCCCAAAGAAGCCCAGACAUGUAUGGAGAGUACCAAGUGCUGGUCUUUUAGCUGGUUCGGUAUUGAGGCGAAAAACUGCAAAUUUGAAGGAUAUUUAUAGCUUAGGACGCAAACUUGGUCAAGGUCAGUUUGGUACUACAUAUUUGUGCGUGGAGAAAGCCACUGGAAAGGAAUUUGCAUGCAAAUCUAUUGCUAAGAGGAAAUUGACUUCUGUAGAGGAUGUGGAGGAUGUGAGGAGGGAGAUUCAGAUAAUGCAUCAUUUAGCUGGGAAUCCAAAUGUUAUUUCAAUCAAAGGAGCUUAUGAAGAUGCAGUAGCUGUUCAUGUUGUGAUGGAAUUAUGUGCUGGUGGUGAGUUAUUUGAUAGGAUCAUUCAGAAGGGUCAUUUCACAGAGAGAAAGGCAGCGGAGCUUACAAGAGUGAUUGUGAGUGUUGUAGAGGCUUGCCAUUCUUUGGGGGUUAUGCAUCGCGAUUUGAAGCCAGAGAAUUUCCUCUUUGUCAGCCAAUCCGAAGAAGCACUUCUUAAGACAAUUGACUUUGGGCUUUCAGUGUUCUUCCGGCCUGGGGAAAUAUUCACUGAUGUGGUUGGUAGUCCUUAUUAUGUUGCCCCAGAAGUAUUGAGGAAGAGGUAUGGUCCUGAGGUGGAUGUUUGGAGUGCUGGAGUCAUAAUUUACAUUCUUCUUAGUGGUGUUCCUCCUUUUUGGGCAGAAACCGAGCAAGGUAUCUUUGAUGAGGUUCUGCAUGGCGAGCUUGACUUUGAGUCUGAUCCAUGGCCGAGCAUCUCAAAUGGUGCUAAAGAUCUUGUGCAGAAAAUGCUUGUCAGAGAUCCAAAAAAGAGGCUGAAAGCUCAUGAAGUUUUAUGUCAUCCAUGGGUGCAGGUUGAUGGUGUGGCUCCUGACAAGCCUCUGGAUUCUGCAGUUCUCUCUCGUUUGAAGCAAUUCUCUGCAAUGAACAAACUCAAAAAGAUGGCUCUCAGGGUCAUUGCAGAAAACCUCUCCGAGGAUGAAAUUGCUGGCCUCAAAGAAAUGUUCAAGAUGAUAGAUACUGACAACAGUGGACAGAUAACUUUUGAUGAACUCAAAGCUGGAUUAGAAAGAGUGGGUGCAAAUCUCAUGGAGUCAGAGAUUUAUGCUCUCAUGGAAGCGGCUGAUGUAGACAACAGUGGCACCAUCGACUACGGCGAGUUCAUAGCUGCAACAGUACAUCUGAACAAGAUAGAGAGAGAGGACCAUUUAUUUGCAGCCUUCUCGUAUUUCGACAAGGACGGAAGCGGUUACAUAACCCGCGACGAACUACAACUUGCUUGCGAAGAAUUUGGCAUAGAAGACAUCAGAUUAGAGGAAAUAAUCCAUGAAGUUGAUCAAGACAAUGAUGGCAGGAUUGAUUACAAUGAGUUUGUAGAAAUGAUGCAGAAGGGUAAUGCAGGGUUUGGUAAGAAAGGUUUGCAGAAUAAUUUCAGCAUUGGACUUAGAGAAGCUUUGAAGGUUGGCUAGCCAGGUAGCAUGAUGGUUUUUUUGUUUUUUUUUUGUUUUUUUUUUUUAAUCUUCAUUAUUAGAUUCUUUUGCUUCCCAGUUUUGGGUAGAUUUGGAAUUAUAUGAGUUAUAAAGGUUGUUAAUGUUAAGAUUAAGGAUAACAAAUUAUUUUGCCAUAUAAAUAUAAUGAAUCCUUUCAUUGUUCUA